UCAUUCCUCUAGGUAUGGUUCGAUCCUACUCCGAUGGGCAUCUCACUCAAAGAUGUCAUCGAACGAGGUGCUGCACUUCCUGAUCCUUUCAUCUUGAACGGUAAUAGAGUUGUCAUUCACCAUCAAACGGAUCCUCAAGCCUUGCAGGAUUUGCUAUCGAUUAUACAUCAACUGCAAGGGGAGAGAAAGAUGUAAGACAUCAUUUCCAGAAGAAAUUAUUCAAAUGUGUAUAUACAACAACUCUUAUUGAUCUGUCAGGAUGAAAUAGAUGCCGUCGGCUCCAACGGAUUUAGAGUAGAGAUGCAGUGUGGAGUUAAAUAGCGCGCUUUUCCAUCAAUGCAUUUCCGAUGAUGGUCGAUGUCGUGUUACUCUCUUACAAUCAUCACCUACUUACAAUGAGUGUGACCCAACACAAAGACCUCAAAGAAGAUGAAGUCAUCCAUGGUCAUUGUGCAUGUGGUUCAUUACGCUAUUCGAUCGAUAUACGAAAUAUAGCAAACGAUUUAGCAUUGAGCAUGUAUUGUCAUUGUUCACGUUGUCAAAGGCUGAAUGGGGCACCGUACAUUUGGUCAAAUCAUUGGUUGUAUCAUGCGGUAAAAUGGUACCCUACCGCUAAUGCCUCACCACCUGGAGCUCCUGGAAAGGAUGGAAAGCCAGGAUCGAUUGAGGGAGGAGAAUUUAGUCCGAACAUGCAGACUUUCGAAACGAUGAAAGAUCGCAAGUGGAAGCUGCGAUGCAAGGAUUGUGGUAGUCCGAUGGGCAGUUGGAAUGCAGCAAAGGGAAAGUGAGUAGUAUGAACCAAAUAUUUCUGAAGAAUAUGAUGAUGAUAACAACUUCUCUCCUUCU